CAAGCUGAGCAAACAGGAGGCAGUGACCACGAUUUACCCAGCUCUGUAGCCUCUGUAUUUAGUCUUUCCAGCCACCACUGCUAGCAAGUGCCUCAAAGAUAAGGUGAAGAAGCAAGUAAAAAUAACGUAAAGACCUCGUAUGUGACGUGCUGAACAUUUUCAGCUUUUGACCUGAGGAGUCUCUUUGACUACGUCAAUUUAUUUCAAAGCACAAUGAAGCUGAGUCUUGUUCUAUCGGCUUUUUGCCUUCUUACCACAGUAUUUCUGUGUGGAGGAGAGACAUCAACUAGCAUCGCACCAAAAACCACUGCCUCAACUAACGUAUUCAGCACGACCACAGACAGCCCAUCCAGCACGACCACAGACAGCCCAUCCAGCACGACCACAGACAGACCAUCCAGCACGACCACAGACAGACCAUCCAGCACGACCACAGACAGACCAUUAAGCACGACCACAGACAGCCCAUCCAGUACGACCACAGACGCCGCAUCCAACACCACCACCAUUAUCCCCACCAUUAUAACUAAUUCUACUGAAUCAGUUCCUACAACUGAGAUUGUUCAGGAAUCCAAUUCAGGGCUUUCACCGGGCGCUAUAGCGGGCAUCACCAUCGGCUCCAUUGCCGGUGUGGGAGCAGUCGGUGGUGGUAUCUUUGGUUUAUUGAAGUACACAGGGAAGAUCUAAGACCAGCUGUUGCACAAUAAGGAUCGAAGUGGAUGUAGAUCGUCAGAUGAAACAUGUCCUAUCCUGAGAUCAGACUUAAUCCUGACCAUGCUGAGUGGAUAGAGUAAGGCCUAAAUGUCUGAAUGGCUCAAGAAGGAAUAAACUGAUAUAUGUAUAGUAUAUGUAUAUUCAAGAUUAUGAUCUCAUGGGCCAAGAGGAAGACAUAAUAAUGUCUGUUUCACCACUUUGCUAUUUUGAUUGCUUGACUGAUGGCCAGAAAAUAAUCCUUAGCUGAUCAAAACAUUUACAUAAUAGUAUGAAAUGUAUUCAUAUUUUAUUUGAUAUGUUUAUCUUAUUGACAGAUACUACUCAUCUAGUCGGUUAAAUGUAUUUAAUUUUAUGAGUUAAUCUUCCUAAUGUCCUUCACAUUUGAUGUUUUGUUUCAAUAUAAAGGGUAGACUGUUUAACUAUAAAAAAGGUUUUUUGUAUAGAAACAAGAAUACAUAAGCUUUUGUGUUCAUUUAUAAAGGUAAAAAAUCGUUGUAAGUGAAUACCGAUAUUUCCUUUAAGCUAAAUAAUUAAAUUUUAUUGAUAACAUUUUCUUAAGAUUAAUUUGGCAUUUUGCUCAAAUACUGUAAUUUCCUAGUGAAAAGCUUUGCAAUCACUAUGUUGUAAAUUAAUAAAUAAAUAUAAAAAUAUAAUAUGCUUUCUAUAGCUGUCAAAUAAAAGUGUUGCUU